UUUUACUAUUUGUCUCUCAAAUAUAUAAUCUAUGCUUUUGUCAUUAAAAUUUCGGGAUAUUGGGUUUAAUGGAAUGAAAAUUCAAAAACGUGUUCCGUGUGAUUUCAAUGGGCUUGACCAAAUUAUUAACUUGGUUAAUAAAUGGAAGAAAGUUUGUGCCACGCUUGACACCUAUCCCAAGACAAUUUUUAAGUAGUUAUCCCUGUAGAAGUAUAAGUACUACCAAAAUGUUUAAGUCAGCUGUUAUGAAUCUACGGGAAGCAAGCAAUGACCAAGUUCAAGAAUUUCUUAAUUCUUUCGACACUGUUCUUACGGACUGUGAUGGUGUAUUGUGGAUAGACAAUAAUGUCAUACCGGGUUCAGCUGAGACCAUGAAUUAUUUUCGUAAAUUAGGAAAGAAAAUUUUUUAUGUGACGAAUAAUUCUACAAAAAUUCGUAGAGAUUUUGCUCUAAAAGCACAACAACUGGGUUUUAUAGCAAGUGAGGAAGAAAUCCUUUCCACUGCUUAUUUGGUAGCACAUUACCUAAAAGGUAUUGGCUUUACCAAAAAGGUGUAUCUUCUUGGGUCCAAUGGCAUUGGAGAAGAACUUAAAGCUGUUGGUAUUAGGCAUAUUGGUGUUGGUCCAGAUCACGUCCAACCAGAUUUCAAAAACAUGAAACCUUCAGAUUUAGAUCCUGAAGUUGGAGCUGUUGUUGUUGGAUUUGACGAGCAUGUCAGUUAUCCGAAGUUUAUGAAAGCAGCUUCCUACCUUGCUUCUGAAGAAUGCUUGUUUGUGGCAACAAAUACUGACGAGAGGUUCCCAAAAGCAGCAUCUAUUGUUGUACCCGGAACCGGUACCCUCGUGAGGGCUGUAGAAACAUGCUCAGAACGAAGGGCAUUAGUAGUUGGAAAACCCCAUGCAUAUGUGCGGAAGUUUCUUGAAUCUUGUGGACUAAAUCCAGAGAGGACAUUGAUGAUUGGAGACAGAUGCAAUACCGACAUAGAACUAGGUGUCCGAUGCGGUUUUCAAACACUCCUCGUGUUGUCUGGUGUAACAUCUGCUAAAGAUCUGGAGAAGAUACGCAGCGAGAAGAAACCGCCGUUGCCAGAUGUUGUUCUACCGAAACUUGGGGAUUUGCAGUCACUUGUAACGUCAUAGUAUAUUAGGGAACAUAAAUUCGACAAAACAAUAGCAUGUUAAUAGGUCAAUUGUAAAGCAAUUAAAGUUAGAUUUAGUAGUAAAGAUGCAAGGAACUGCUUAUAAAAAUAUUUAUACUAUUUAACCAAAUCAAAUGUUGUAAACAUUUGAAACAUAAUAUUUAAUAUUGCUGAAUGCUUGUAAGAGUAAUACAUGAAACAUAUCGUUGAUUUAAUUUGAUAGUGGCACAGGUCUUAUAAUAUUAUAUAAAUAGUUUGUGGAGUUUCUCAGAAAAUGGAUCAUGUCCUUUUACUGUAAAUCAUAAGGCCCGUAAAAAAUAUUUACUAGUCACCAGAUUUAUUAUUAACUUAUUGUGUUUGUUAUAACAUUUUUAGAUGGUAUUCGUUGGGUAGAUAUAUUAUGGUAGCAGAACGGGAAAUUAGUUUAGUUAGUGAUCGGAUAACCAGUGAAAUUCACUUUUUUUUUCUUCCUAAGACCAUCAGCUUGGUCUAGAGAGACCAUGUCAGCGUCGCUGGGCUAGUAGGUGAGCUCACGGGGCUCAAACCUGACGAUGUUGCUAACACGAACCCUAGCGAGAGCCUUGCUUUGCAGAAUCUACCACCGGAUCGGAAACGCAACCCACUGAGAAGAUCGGGCGAGAACGAUGACCGGUGCUUGGGGUACCUAAAAGCACCGUUAGUGGAUCGGGAGGAUCCGAAAUGACGUGUUUUGGGCGACGUCGACUGUUUACUAUUUGGUCCGCAGGAUCGGCUGGUUACUGGCGGCCACGAUGAGAGGGUUCUCGUGUCGUGCCGCUUUAUCGAAAUGGGAAAAUUCACGCGAUUCCUUCCAUCACAUUAUAGAAAUAAUUGUGAGUCGCGGAACACGCAAUAUGCAUUUUGUUUAUAUAUUGCAUAAUAUAAGCUCUAGAAACACUGGCUUACGUGUGUGUAUCCGUUUACUGACGAGCCUUUUUAUUUUUCGGAAGGGGGACCGAACCUCAUGCGAGGUUCCCUCAUCUAGGUGCGCGGGAUAUAUGGGACUCUGUGACCUCGUAACUUACGAUUAAAGAAAGACCUUUUUUAUGGCUCGUAUUGCAAUCUGUUUCGUUAUACCCAGUUGCGACAUCUGGUUAACGUUGUAGUCGCGCAACCUCAUACAGCAACCUACACUUCCGUAUGAAAAGAUCAUGUGCCACUAUUUAACUAUCAGGGAAUUUUAUGUUAUCUACGACAGUCAGGAUGCUAAUGUCAUCCAAAAUCACAUGAAUUUUAGAAUUGACUUCAGGAAUGCCUAAGUUCGAAACUUCUAGUCAUAGAAGUUAAUAUAAAAAAAUAACGCAUAUUGUUACUAACGUCACGCCAAGCGAGACGUUCUACAGCGCUCUUUCUCUACAAAAUGUCCACCUUUAUCUUAUAAAACUAGUUUCGAUCCUAUUUCCUCGAAAACGUUUCACCUUUAUCCGACUUUACAAGAGAAGGGUCUCGAUAUAUUUUUGUGUUCCCUUGACUAUUGAUUCUAGUUGAUAACUCUCGGUUUGGUAUUUCUUGUCAUGAUUAUUUUAAUAUAAAAAUCCAAAAGGGGAGCCUGUUAAAAUCAAUGUAAUAUGUUAAAAGAUAUAAUCAUUGGGGUGCUCCACACAAAUUCAACUAUUCUCUAAAUUGACAACUCUUUCACAAGGCUUUUUUAUUUUAGUAAGUUUCAAUGAUGUAUUUUACUCUUGAAGUCGGUUUCCAAUGUUUUUUUAUUAAUGUUUUGAUUGUAUUUUAUUAAUAUAUAUGAUGAAUUAUAAAGAAAUGAAAUAAAUUGUAAUUUAUGGUUUCGAACGCGUGGUUCAGACGCAUAUAGGUACAAAUUCGUUAUUAUUUCGUGGUUUAAUGGUUAAACUGUUAAAACUACAUUAUUUAACUUAUUACGCAAUAAAAAUGUAAUAUGAUUACAAUGUAAGAAUCGUUCUAUACAACUGUUAUCUUGAUGCGAAUUUAUUUGCACAAUAAAAAUCUAUUGGUUU